AGGAAUACGGAUAACGUCUUUGUUGUUGUUGAUUCAUUUUGAUCGCUGAAGGAUGGAAUAUAACGGAUUGCAAGUUAACAUUUUCUGCGGCUCGCUAUUUUUGCUUUUGGGAUUGGGAUUACAGAUAUGUUAUGGCGACGUGAGCUAUUCCUUUCCAGAGGAAAUGAAACGCGGAUCAGUGAUUGGAAAUAUCGCCAAAGAUCUUGGGCUUCAAGUAAACAGACUUCCACCUCGAAAGGCUCGAAUUGUCCUCGAAGGAAACCGUAAACGUUAUUGCGAGAUAAACGUUGGUACCGGAGAACUAGUAGUCGCGGAUCGGAUUGACAGAGAGGAGCUUUGUGGAGCCAAGAUUUCAUGUAUUUUGAAAUGUGAAUUGGUACUUGAGGAUCCCCUCGAAUCGCACCGGAUAUCUUUGCAAAUUCAAGAUAUAAAUGACAAUCCACCAGUUUUCCCUAAAGACGCUGUCAAAUUGGAAAUCCGCGAAUCAGCUCCCAAAGGCUCUCGCUAUAGAAUUAAUGCUGCACGCGAUGCUGACAUAGGACAAAACGCCGUGCAAAACUAUAUAUUACAUAAAAAUAAUUAUUUUGCUUUAAAUGUACUAACAAAUUCCGUUGGUACAAAAUACAGUGAGAUCAUGUUAGACAGAGAAUUAGAUCGGGAAGAACAGCAAGAGCUGACCUUAUUGCUGACAGCCGUUGAUGGUGGCUCUCCUCAGAGAUCAGGUACCGCAGUCAUACAAAUCACUGUGCUGGAUGCCAAUGAUAACGCCCCAGUUUUCAGCCAGGCCGUUUAUGAAGCUACUCUGCCUGAAAACUCUCUCAUUGACACUGUAGUAGUGACAGUAAGUGCGACUGAUGCGGAUGAGGGCAUCAAUGGAAAA